UAUGGCGGACGAAACAACRUGAGGAGCUUCUUCGAUUUUCAGUUUAUUUAAACUUGUUCCCCUCUUUCAACUUUGAUUAUAUGCACCAUUUCUAUAGAAGAUCAUGUCAUCUACAAAAAGAGAAGGGUAUAAUUUUUGGAGAAACGAUUUAAAGGCUGCACAGUAUGUUGUUGCACCAAUGGUUGACCAAUCCGAGCUACCCUGGAGGAUGUUGAGUCGACAUUACAAYGCACAGCUCUGCUAUACACCAAUGCUGCAUGCUGGUUUGUUUGUUAAGGAUCCUAUUUACAGAAAAGAAAUGUUUACGACUUGUACAGAGGACAGACCUCUCAUUGUUCAGUUUUGUGCCAAUGAUCCUGAGACGUUUGUUGAAGCAGCAAAGUUAGUUGAGUCACAGUGUGAUGGUGUUGACUUGAAUCUUGGAUGUCCACAAACCAUUGCAAAAAGAGGUCAUUAUGGUGCUUUUCUCCAAGAAGAAUGGGACUUAUUGUCAAGAAUAGUUAACCUUGCACAUGAAAAACUCAACAUCCCAAUCACUUGCAAGAUAAGAGUAUUUGAAGAUGACAACAAGACAAUAGAAUAUGCACAAAUGUUAGAAAAGGCUGGAUGUCAGCUGUUGACAAUUCAUGGCAGAACAAGAAAUCAAAAAGGUGCAAACACUGGCCUUGCAAGUUGGGAUAUUAUCAAAACUGUCAAAAAUAGUGUUUCUAUUCCUGUCUUCGCUAAUGGUAACAUACAGUAUUUCAAGGAUGUGCAGRAUUGUCUUGAAUAUACUGGUGUUGAUGGCAUCAUGACUGCUGAGGGCAAUCUCCAUAAUCCUGCACUUCUGGCAAACAAGCAGCCCAUGGUUUGGGAGAUGGCUGAACAGUACCUACAAUUUGUUGAUAAAUAUCCCUGUCAGUUAUCUGCUGUCAGAGGUCAUUUAUUUAAGCUAUGGCACCACAGUUUAUGCAAGCAUACUGACCUUAGAAUGAAACUUGGUGAUUCUAAAUCUCUUGACGAGGUGAAAAAGAUUAAUAAAGAUAUUACACUUAGAGUCAAGAAAGAUGCAGAAGACAAUUCCGAUAAACCUAUUCCUUUCUCAGGACUUCCUCACUGGGUGUGUCAGCCCUAUGUCAGACCCAGUCCUAAAGAAAUAGCAUCAGAACAGAAACAAGUAACAAAUGAUGAAAAUAAAGAACGCAGUGAAAAUCAAAUAAGAAGAGCUCUUAGAAAACAGAAGAAAUUAUUAAAACGUAAAAGUAGAGUGCCAGUUGAUUGGUGUUUUUGUACAGAAUGUAAAAUUAAUCCCAAGAGUGCAAGAUGUGAAAGUCAAUUAUGUAGACACUGCUGUAAAGAAAAAACCUCAACCAACAAUUUAGACUGUAUCGCACAUAAACUUUGGUUUYRCUCUAAAUCAAAGAAGACAAAGCUUGAAGACAAGGAAUUACAAAAAGAAGGAAAACYGCAAAAUAGUCAUUGUGUAGAUGUUACCACCUGACAUCAUCUUAUUUAUUUAUUUAUUCUUUAAGCAUCCAGUAGAACUUUGAAACAAUUCAAGGGUCUGCUUUGAAUGUUUUUGAAUUGGCUUCGUCCAAAGUGAUUUGCUUUUGUAGUGUUUUUCUAUAUUGGCUCCCAGUCGUUAAAGAAAUACAAUGCAAUGCAACCAAAAUGCAGAUCAGUAUGACAAUGUCUGAAAACGCACAAUAGUAGUAUGCCCUAUUUGAAAAUGAUUUACCCAAUGUUGUUUAAAGUUGCAUUAUCCAAUGGCUUUCAUGUUAAUUAGUUCAGGCAUUAAUGAAACCUAUUCCUGCUCCUUUUAAUGUAAUUAUUUUUUCAAUUAAAAAAGAGAAUUGAAUAAAUAAUUUGAUAAAUGA